UUAAUUUUAUCUUUCGCCUCAACAUUCAGCCGAAAUUGGAAGGCAUGGAUGGGCUUAGGGGGUCUUCGUUAGCCGGCACCGGUUUUUACAUAAAGAGGGAAGCGCUCUAUCGAACUUCCAAUAUUCAAGAGGAUGUUGAUCUUGUCCAGCUACAAAAGUCAUUUGGUCCCUCCAAUGAAUUCAUCAAAUCACUUCAACUAAAUUACAAACCGAAUGCAUUGAAGGAUGAAGAUUUUUCUGGCGUAUUGCUGAAAGAAAUCAAAAUUCUUGCCUCUUGUAGUUACGACAAUAACACAAAAUGGGGGAAAGAGGUGGGAUUCAGAUAUUUUUCUGUGCUGGAAGACUACUUUACUGGCUUCAAUUUACAUUGCAAUGGCUGGAUUUCAGUUUAUUUGGAUCCAGCAAGGCCGUGUUUCUUGGGUUCAGCUACUACAAAUCUCAAUGAGAUUUUAGUCCAAUACACACGAUGGGUAGCCGGAUUGGUGGAAGUUGCUUUCUCGAGGUUUUCUCCUCUUAUAUACGGGCCACUGAGAAUGUCGACUCUUCAAAGCAUGUGUUAUGCAGAAUUUGCCUAUGAUAUCUUAAUCUUCUUGCCUAUUUACUGUCUAGCCAUUGUUCCUCAACUCUGUCUGCUUUAUGGCAUUCAUCUCUAUCCCAAGGUGUCGAACCCAUUUUUCAUUGUGUUUUCAUUCCUAUUCCUCUCAUCGCAACUCAAACACAUGCAAGAGAUCUUUUCGACUGGACAUUCGAUACGAACAUGGGCUAUAGAACAGAGAAUUUGGAUGCUAUGGUCACUUACCUGUUACAUGUAUGGAACUUUAUAUGGCAUUUUGGAGAUGACUGGUUUAAGAGAAGCCAGUUUUUUGCCGACAGAUAAGGCAGUAAACGACGAACAAUAUAAACGUUAUCAAAUGGGAAUCUACGAUUUUCAGGCAUCAGUUCUGUUAUUAGCUCCAUUGUGCACCUUAUACAUUCUAAAUUUAGUAGCCUUCAUAAUUGGUGUCGUGAAGAUUUUUCAUAUUGAGCAAGCGAGCGAGAUUUUUAUACAACUUUUCAUCCCAUUAUUUGGCAUAUUGAUCAAUUAUCCAUUGUCUGAAGGGAUGUUCUUGAGGAAGGAUGACGGGAGAGUUGCACCAUCUAUUACACUUCUCUCUGCCGCCCUUUGUAUUAUUAUUUUGUCUUUUGGAUCCCUUGUUCUUAUUUAUUAAGUGAAAAUGCAUGUAUUGUUUUAGAAUUAUUAGGCUUUUCAUUCAAGACAUUGAAAUUUGUACUAUAAUGCACAAUCCGUUAAGAGUGUUCCAAAGUGAAAAUGCAAGUAAUUCUUUAUUUUUUGGA